CAGCCUCUCUGGAGCCGGCGGGGACCGGUGUGUCUUGCUCAAGGACACAUCAGCAGCAGCAGCAGCAGGGUGUAGGACACGGGGUGGGAUCCUAGUUGAAGCUCAAACAUAUAAACCAGUGAAUGAAAGGGCACAUUUUGGGACUGGAAAUAAUGGAUGUGAUUAUAGAAAACUGAUUCCUCUGUGUGUGUGUGUGUGUGUGUGUGUGUGUGUGUGUUUGCAGAGGGUGUCGGCAGCGCCCCCUUGUGGUGCAACUCGCAUUUCCGUGACGUCAAUUCAGCACUGGGAAGGAGACAGCUCCCUCCCCCAAAAAACCCAGCGCGCCUCACGUUGCAUGGGUCCCCGGUUAUUGAUAACACAAUUUGCCCGAUGGGAUCCAUCCCGGUAACGUGAAAGUCGUGGAUCCAGCGGCUGGAGAGACCACAGAGAGCCAGGACCGAAGGAAGAAACAAACGAUCUGCUCAUUAUCGCCGACAAAUAGCAAGCCGAGCCCACCCCUUCACUUGACAACGCGACAUCAAGCAGGCAGAAAGGCGUACGUCUCAUCUCUCCACCCUCCAUCCACCCUGACCUGCUGUGUUGGGGAAACCCCUAAUGAGUGGGACCUGUAUCCAUGAGCCCCGUGCCCCUUCCCCCUCCCUGUCAGGCUUCAGCACCCCCAUCUCAGAGCCCCCCUAUCGAAGACUCGAUGGAGACACCCCUGCCUGCACCCCCGAAACGGACCUGACCCCCACACAGUGUGUCCUCCGUAACGUGCUGUCCAUCGACACCGGUGGACCGGGGGCGCCGGGCGGCAGCAGCCCCACUCCCAGUGAUGGACCCUCAGCCCACUUUGACAACAGCGUGCUAAAACUACAUGAACAUGAGGCCUGCCAGUGUGGCGGCGGGGCCGAGGCGGGGCACAGUCCAGAGGCUGGUGCCGUCAGGAGCCAGUCGGAGAACAUUCGGCUACAAUCAGGAAGUGGAGGUUUUUUGGAGGGACUGUUUGGCUGCCUAAAGCCAGUGUGGACCAUGAUUGGAAAGGCCUACUCCACUGAACACAAACAUAGCCAUGAAGGUCUGAGUUUAGAGUCCUGGGAGGUCCCUUUUGAGGAGAUCUCUGACCUGCAAUGGGUGGGCAGCGGGGCACAGGGGGCCGUCUUCCUCGGCAAGUUCCACGGAGAAGAUGUGGCUGUGAAGAAAGUCCGGGACAUCAAAGAGACCGAGAUCAAACACCUCCGCAAACUCAAGCACCCCAACAUCAUCACUUUCAAGGGCGUGUGCACCCAGGCUCCUUGUUACUGUAUCUUGAUGGAGUACUGUGCCCAAGGCCAGCUGUACGAGGUGCUGAGGGCGGGCCGUAAAAUCACCCCCUCCCUCCUGGUUGACUGGUCCAUGGGCAUUGCAGGUGGCAUGAACUACCUGCACCUCCACAAAAUCAUCCAUCGAGACCUCAAGUCCCCAAACAUGCUGAUUACACAUGAUGACCUGGUGAAGAUCUCAGACUUUGGCACUUCAAAGGAGCUCAGUGACAAGAGCACCAAGAUGUCAUUUGCCGGCACCGUAGCUUGGAUGGCUCCUGAAGUAAUUCGGAAUGAGCCAGUGUCGGAAAAGGUGGACAUCUGGUCCUUUGGAGUGGUGCUGUGGGAGAUGCUAACCGGAGAGAUCCCUUACAAAGACGUGGACUCGUCUGCCAUUAUCUGGGGUGUGGGAAACAACAGCCUCCAGCUGCCCGUACCUGAGAGCUGCCCGGACGGCUUCAAGAUCCUCCUCAGACAGUGCUGGAACUGUAAGCCCAGGAAUAGGCCCUCUUUCCGUCAGAUACUUCUUCAUCUGGAUAUAGCGUCAGCUGAUGUGCUGUCCACUCCGCAAGAGACGUACUUCAAGUCACAGGCUGAAUGGCGAGAAGAGGUGAAACAGCACUUUGAGAAGAUUAAAUCUGAGGGUACUUGUCUCCACCGGCUCGAUGAGGAACUGAUCAAUCGGCGCAGAGAGGAGCUCAGGCAUGCUUUGGACAUCCGUGAGCACUAUGAGAGGAAACUGGAGAGGGCAAACAACCUUUACAUGGAGCUCAGCGCUGUCAUGCUGCAGCUGGAGCUCAAAGAGAAAGAGCUGCAGAGGAGAGAGCAGUCUUUGGAUAAAAAGUAUCCAGGUUUGUUUAAGCAUCACAGCUCCAGGCAGAGCAGCUCCUCCAACUCCAUGGACAAACUCAUCAAGAAGAGAAAUGUCCCACAGAAACUCCCCUCGGGAAAGAGGCCAGACAUCCUCAAGUCUGAGGUAAUCAUUCCCAAAAUGGACUCCUCAGUGAUGCAAGUCACAAUCCCAGCCUGCCCCAACAGAAGCUCCACUUCUCCCAGCCGGUCUCGGAGGGUAAAGACCCGCCAUCGCAAGCCUGGGAAGGGCAGUAGUGGGGACCUGGCUGGACUUAAGGCGAAUCAAUCCUCCCCUAACAGGGACACAAAUGCCCAGGCUAACAGCUCCACCACUAACACCUCCAAGCAGCUCCUGGAGCCCUCUGCAGCCCUGCGAGGCCUCAGCCACGAGCAGCAGCAGAGGCAGCUAUCCUCCUCCAGCCCUGACCUCAUCUGCACUACGCUGGAGGCAGAGGGGCAGGGGAAAGGGGAGCCCUCUGUGGGCGGGCUGGAGAGAGGGGGGAGCCUCAGUGCCUCUGCAGGGUUAGGGGGAUCAGAGGCGGGGGCAGCUGGUCUAGAUGAUCUCACAGAAACCCCUCCGCGCAGUGACACGCCGAGUGAGGAUGCUGCAUCGUUCCCGUUCUCCAGCAGCCCAGACUCGCCAUGUGGGAGGGGGGCGGCAGCAGGGCGGGGGUCUCUUGGAUCGCCACGUCUGCCUCAUGAUGGGGAGGAUAAAGAGGAGGGAGCUGGAGCUGUCAGGUUGCCCCGUGGGGCAUCAGGGGGGAUUGGGAGUCAGCACCUCACUCCGUCAGCCAUUCUGUACAGGGCAGCCAUCACACGCAAACAGAGGCGUGGAGUGUCAUCAGAAGAGGAGGAGGGUGAAGUUGACAGUGAGGUUGAGUUACCACGGAGACGACGUCCGACGAGCAUCACCAAGUGCCAGUCGGUGUCCACCUUCAGCUCAGAGAACCUCUCGGUGUCGGACGGUGAGGAGGGCCACACUACUGACCACUCCCACAGCGGCACCCCCGACGUGGUCAGCACCAACACAGACGACAGGUUGGACGACCGCAGCGACGACCUCCUCUCUCAGGGGUCGGAGAUCCCAGCGGACAACACUGAUCCUGCUCAGGCUUCCGAUGGCCUGUCAGAGAGAGAUGGAGCACUGGGACAGGCCAAAGCUCAGCUGGACGCUGGGCAGAAUCCCAAUGAGAGUCGGGCCCUGUGCGAUGACUCCGACUGUGACAGUGCUGAACUGGAUCAGUCAGGAAGUGGAGAGCCCAGUCGUCCUCCCAGUGCUGGAGCGUGGGUGUCGCCAUCUCAACCCUAUCAGGGGUCUCCACAGGCACCCCACACGGGACCUCCAUAGAUCACUGGACGCUCGUAAAGCCCUCCAGCUACCAUCACAGGCGUACACCAAUCUGUCAGUGCAGUACAUUACUGUUGUCAUGAGGGAU